AUGUAUAAAAACUCAAAUAGAUAAUUUUGUGGAUUGGAUGGUUAUCAAUGUAUAGAUAAGAGUUGUUCAAAAAGAAUGCUCAAUUUAUUAAAGUAAUUAAAAAUGUUAAAUUAUUAGCAAAGUUGGUGGUUAAGGUUGCAUAAAAAAAUAAAUACAUUGUUCAAAUUUUAAGAGAUCAGGAUAAUGUCAUAAAACUAUAUUAAAUUAAACAACAAAGGAUGAUUGUAAAUGGAUUAUAGAUAAAUGUUAUUGA